AUGCCGGGCCUUAUUGACUACUCUAAGUGGGAGCUCCUCUCCAGCGACGGCAGCAACGAGGCAGAAAGCAGCCAACCGCGUAACUAUGCCACGUCUCCCCGCCAGGCCAUUCGAGAGAGCAUGUGGGCGUCGGCGGACGCACCCCUACCGACCGACCCGACGCUCCGUGCCGAAAUUCUUCGCGAUCAAAGAGAGUUGGCGGCGUUCAUCAAGCGGAAUCGCUGCCCCUCGGCAAAAUCGCUGAACAAGUGGCUGCGACGGGAAACGAAAGCCAGAGCCACGUCAAGAGCGGCAUCUCCCACUUUCGCGACGGUCGCGGCGCACAAUGGAUGGACACCCGACACAGUGGGUCGCUGGUUCCAUUACCCCUCCUUCCGAGCCCUAUGGGAGUCGGCCGGAUCUGAACAGGAAGAUGCUUUUCACAUGCAACGCAGCACCGGUAUCGACUUGUACGAACGCGGUGGACGGGAGUGCAUGCGAUUUCAUUAUUAUGCCCUGAACCAUGCGAUGUGCGGCGAGAAUUUCGUGGACAACAAGCAGAAACCUUUGUCGGCCUUCGGCUUCGUAAACCACGUGGACAAGGUCUGGGACGGCAUCGGAUCUUGGCGCGGCUGA